ACGUGCGAGAGCGGAAGCACGUGGGUAAACAGGACGUACUUUUGCAUUUCGCGGGUUAUGUGGUAAAGCGUGCAUGUAAAUGGCGGAUAUGAACGCAAUGGAGAAGAAACUGGCCGAAUACAAAUGCGACACCAAUAAAGCGAUUUGUUUAAAAUUAGUACGUUUCGCAGAGGAUGUAGAUGAUGAAAGUACAACGUUCCACCCUGAGUACAGCCAUCAACUGUAUGGUGAUGAUGAAGUGGCAUUUGGAUACAAAGGCCUUCAGAUUCAGCUUUACUACACUGCUGGCAACCUGAGCACGCUGUUCAAAGUGAAGUACACUUCCAAAGUCACUGAGACGUUUGGCUGUGUUCAGCCUGAUGAUGUGGAAGGGAAGAUCAGAGAGAUCAUUCCUCCAGGCUUUAGCUCCAACACAGAUGACUUUAUCUCUCUCUUGGAAAAGGAGGCUAACUUCAAGCCAUUUGGCAGCCUCUUGCACACCUAUAAAGUUCACAAUGUGGAAGAGGGAGCAGAUUUUACUUACCUGAUACACAAGGCAGAUAUCUCAUGUCCAGGAUUCAGAGAACACCAUGAGCGCCUUCAGACAUUCCUUAUGUGGUUCAUCGAGACAGCCAGCUUUAUUGAUGUAGACGAUGAUCACUGGGAUUUCUUCCUUGUAUUUGAGAAAUACAAUAAGGACGGGGAGACUCUCUACGCUACGGUUGGCUACAUGACAGUGUAUAAUUACUACGUAUACCCAGACAAAACCAGACCACGUGUUAGUCAGAUGCUGAUCCUGCCACCGUUUCAGGGUGAAGGACAUGGAGCCCAGCUGUUAGAGACGGUUCAUCGGUUCUACUGCAACCUACCUAACAUUCAGGAUAUCACGGCGGAAGACCCAUCUGACAAUUACGUGAAGUUGAGGGACUUUGUGCUGGUGAAGCUGUGUAUGGAUCUGCCUUCUUUCUCCACUGAAAAAUUGCCUCUGGGCUUUAGUGAAGAAAUGGCUACUGAAGCACGAGAGAAGCUCAAAAUCAACAAGAAGCAUGCCAGGCGGGUGUACGAGAUUCUACGUCUCAGGAACACGGACAUGAGCAACGAGGAAAAGGCCAGAGAGUUUCGGCUAGAGGUGAAGAAAAGACUUUUUGGGCCUUACAGGCUAUUAAAUAAAAGGGAAUAAAUAGCCUACUGGAGUGUUGAGGGAUUCUUAAGCCAAAGAUGAUGGAGACUGACUACCUGAUCUUUGGCAGCUGCCUGAUUUACACAAUGCAUGCACACUGUUGUCAUGGAAGUUUUUACUCACUUAGACUUUCGUAAGAUAAGAUAAGAGAACUUGAUUGAUCCCACACUGAAGAAAUUCCCUAACAUCAAACUUAAAUCAUAUAUAAAGCCAAAGUAAAUAAAGCUCAGAAAAAGUCCAAGGAAAGGAGCCAUGAUUUAAAAUGAAUUUUCAGUUCAGCUGAACAUUUGCUCUAUAUGUGUUCUAUAAAUUCUCAGAGCAACUCUUAGCUCGGAAUGGGGCUUAUUCAUAGGAAUAAACCUUAAGCAUAAAGUACAAAGACAUCACCAUAAAUUAGUCAACCACAUCCCAUAGUAUGAGCCACCAGAAAUGCACAAGAAUUUACCAGUGUUAAAUGAUCUUAAUAAUAAUAAGAGGAGGACAUUCAUGCUUCAUAAUUUGAAUACGUUUGUGUGAAGUCCAAAUAAAACCAGCAUUUGAUAAGCUACGGUCAUGGUAAGAAUUUGUAUAAUGCCAUUUAAACAAUCGUGGGUGCAUGAUUUUCAUGUCUCAGUGCUGCCACGUUUUCUUCUUUUUAUUGUUAUUUCCUUAAUAGACUUAACUCUGAAGCACUUCUAAACAUUCACACAUUUAAGAGUAUUUUUAAGCGUAAAGAAAUUUUGGGUAUUGCUGCUAUAUUAGGCCUAAGUAUAGGAAUACAUUUUCUGAUUUCUAGGAAUUUUGCCCCUUAAAUUUUACUCUGAGACGAUUUUUACGGGACCUCUUUACAGCCAUGAUUAAGGAUUUGUAUCUCAUUGAAGGAAAACAAGGAGUGUAUCAUGAAAAUAUAAUAUUGUGAUAUUGAAGACAUUUCUCUGAUACACAAUCUGUAUCAUGGUUUGCUAACAUAUGUAUAUAGGUUUUCUAACAGUAGUGUUGUUUUGUUUUUUUAAACAAAACCUGUAUAGUUUAAGGAUUUUUAUAUUUAAUGUCUACAAAAUUAAAUUAUUUAAAAUAAAACUAUAAAAAACAAAACAUUUUGUAAUCUUAAGCUGUGUCCAGUUGGAUUAUGUCAUAGAUAAACUAAAUUAAAAAGUUACUAAUGAUAUCACAAUAUCUCAGAAAAGUGUAUUGUGACAUGAUUUAUCAUGAUAUGAAAAUUAUAUUGUCAUGUCACCCAGGCCUAGUACACAUCAAUGUUCAAAAUCAUUUGUCCCCGCUCUCUCUCUCAGACACACACAGACACAUACACACAAUCCUUUAUUCAUGACUGAGCUUACUUGCUCGCCCGCCUUCUCACUCUUUGUGGAGCAAUUUCAGAAUUGCAGCAGUGCUUGUUAAAUUCUAAUGAGCCUACUAUGUGUAACCUUUCCAACAUUUAAUUAUGAUACAUGGUCAGUAUUUUCACAAGCAUUGAUAAUUUUAUACCCCAGGUGGAGUUCUAAUUUAACAGUCUGUUAACAGCGGUGAUUAGUCGCUAAAUAUCAAUUUUCUUUCAUUCUAUUCUUCAAAAUUCAUUUCAGAUUUUAUUCUAAAAGGUGUGAAAUUGGCUUUGGUGCCAUGAUUCUUGUAAGAUAAACAUUUCUAAUUCUAGGGUCAGUUUUAGAAGCAAAACUAGAUAAUGUAUUUGCAUCACAUAAUCCACAGAAGGUGAAAACGGUGUAGUUCAGUCAACUGCUUGCAUCCGUCAGUAGUAUAGGUCUCUGCUUGGUAUACCGAAGUUCUCUUGCAUCUGUCUGAUUGCUCUCAUCUCUUCAACUGUAAACAUUUGUGUAAAUAAAUAAAUAACAUAAAGCAUUUUGGACAUGGUCAGUUGUAUGCAGUACCAUUUUGAAGUCUCUUUAAAAAGAGAUGGAAAUACAUUUGCUGUAUUAAAACAUCCCUUAAAAUUUGUGUCACAUAACAGAAAGAAGUGCAGGAGUGGACAAAUGAUAGGUAGCCUACUGAACGAGUGUGCUGCACAAUCCCAUGUUUUAGUUGCUUGUAACCCUAAUUGGUAGCUACUGUAAUGUAAUUGUGUAUGGCAACCUAGUCACAUAGUUUAGGGCAUUAAUAAAGAAUAAGGGAAAGGAACUAACAUAUGAAUUUCCAGGGAGGAAAUGGCUAUGUAGCAAUAAUCCUCGUCCUCCUGUAGAACAUCAACAAAAAGUCAUGUAGUGUUUGUGACAGAUUAUGCAUGUUCUACUAGCAGGAGUUUUAUAUGAUGGCUUUGCACUCCAACUUUAUUUUGCUUGUUUAUCUUUUUUAUUAUGUUGAAAAGUCCGUCUGUCAUCUGUUCAUUCAAAUUAUGGCUGAAGCUAAAGUUUUCAGGAAGCUAAAUCUCCAGGAACACUGAUUUAAAUGGUCAACGUUUGCUAUACUGAGAAUUUGGUUCUACAAACAAGAUUCUACAGAAAGUGGAUCUAAAUACAAAAGCAUAUUAUUAGUGUAAAUGCUUUACUCAGUCGUACCAGAGAGGUUUACUCUAGAUCUGAUCUAUUCAGCUAGCAGUUGUAUAACUACUGUGAACAGCAGUAGAGAAUUGUUGUCAGCUUUGUCUGCAGACUGUGCUCCGAGUUAAACAUUUACCAGAAAUAUAGGAUCAGUGGGGACUGCUGGAUCAUGGCUCCCUAACCUCUAACUAUGAUGUUAAGCAGGAUCGAGCCUCCUGACAGAAGAAAAAAAAUGGGACAUAGACGAGAGUGAAAAAAAUGAGAUUGAAAAGGAAAUUGGAAUUCCUUAGUAGGAGAGAAUGGAGGGAUCUGGAGGCCAGAUGCUCUCUCUCCUGGUCCCCUGUUCACUCUCCCUCUCUCUCACACACUCUUGCUCAGCUUCCCUCAGGGGGGAGAAGGGGACUGUUAGGGUGUAUGUUUUUGCACACAGGUGGGAAUGGUAUGUAUAGUAUAUGUAUAUGCGUGU